AUGAGAGUCGCGGUUACUAUUCUCGCCGCUGGCUUGCAAGCAGCUGCUACUGUAGCUUCCCCGCUGACUUCAGUGGUCAAUGCUGCUAAAGCCGAAAUCCAAGGACUGGUUCAGGGUGGCUCUUCAGCUGUAUCCGCAGUCUCCCAAGAGGCAUCGUCGAUAUCAGCAAGCAAGUAUAUUACCACCGAGAACUGGGCUGGUGCCUCGAGAGCUGGAACCAACAUCACCUUUUCGACUGCCACCGUAACCGUGCCUAAUUUCGAGACCGACCCAGAUGGCUGGACGACAGGGCUGGCUAUUUUCGCCGGAUUAGAUGGCUACUUCGGCUCCCCAGACAAGCUCACACUGGCUGGGAUCAUCAUUUCGGCGGUGAGAGAGGAGCGCCAAUAUCAGUUUACCGCCCUCUGGAGGGUAUUCCCCGACGGCGGGGGCUCCGAGAACGAAAUCUCGUUUCCCAUCCGCGCUGGACACAAGAUCCGAUUGAGCCUCAGCCGUCUUUCUGAAACCCGCAUCAAUGGCACAGUCGAGAAUUUGAACACCGGCCAGACCGUCUACCGUAUUCUGGACGCUCCCGAGCCAUUCCCGGCCACUGACGCUUCCUGGGUGGUCAACAGGUACACUAGCAUGGGCGACUGGAUGAGAUGGCUGGACUUUACCGAUCCAAUCAAAUUCACCGAUAUCAAGGCCGUGAACGGUGAUGGCACGACCCUCAGCCUUGAUGGUGCUGAUCUCCUCGAUAUUGUGCCAAGUGGACAAAGCGCUUUCACUAAAUGCAGCAUCGAUGGCCCCUCGGACUUGACCUGCCUGCACCCCUAA